GUGAUCCCACUGAAGGCUCGUUUUUGGUAGCUCGUGUUAGAAUUUUCUGCGUCCCUCUCAACUUCCAAACGCAUUCUUUUCCUCUGACCACAUUGCAGUUGCAGUCGACUUCAAACUUCAAACUCCAAACCCCCACAUAACAAAAUCGUAAAAGAUCGAUCUAUCUAAAUUUUUGCUAAAAAAGUAAGAUCCUUCAAAAAUGGCUACCCUUCCACAAAUCGCGGUUCUGGGGGCUGGAAUAUUUGUAAAAACUCAAUACAUCCCGAGACUCGCCGAGAUCUCACAUCUCUUCUGCCUCAAAUAUAUCUGGAGCCGUUCAGAGGAAUCUUCGAGAAGAGCUGUUGAGAUAGCCAAACAGCAUUUUCCUGGAGUAGAAUGUAAAUGGGGAGACCAAGGUCUAAACGACAUCAUGCAGGAUUCUUCUCUUAUUGGUACUGCUGUCGUUUUGGCUGGUCAAGUUCAGGUAGAUAUCUCCCUAAAGUUGCUAAAAGCAGGAAAGCAUGUCAUUCAAGAGAAACCUGCAGCAACUAGUAUACCCGAGAUAGAAACUGCACUGGCUAGUUACAAAUCCGUUAGUACCAACCCUGGUCAACCAAUUUGGGCUGUAGCUGAAAACUAUCGAUUUGAACCUGCUUUUGUAGAGAGCAAGAAACUAGUGGCUGGUGUUGGGGAUAUGAUGAAUGUCCAAGUUAUUAUUGAAGGGUCAAUGAACAGUUCAAACCCUUAUUUUUCUAGCUCUUGGAGGCGAAAUUUUGAGGGAGGUUUUAUCUUGGAUAUGGGAGUGCAUUUUAUUGCUGGCUUGAGGAUGAUAGUUGGUUGUGAGGUGACCUCAGUUUCGGCCAUAACCUCUCAUAUAGAUAGAACUUUACCUCCGCCAGACAUUAUUUCUUCUAAUUUUAAGCUGGAGAAUGGAUGCUCUGGAGUCUUUGUGAUGGUUGUAUCCUCUAGUUCACCUAAGAUAAUUUGGCGAGUUGUUGGGUCAAAAGGAACCGUACAAGUUGAGCGUGGAAAAGUAGAUGGAAAGCAUGGUUACUUGGUUUCACUAUACAGUGCAGAUGGGCAAUGCAAAAGCACUUUCCAUCCAUUCUGUGGAGUGCACGAAGAAUUAAAAAUUUUUAUACAUGACAUUGUGCAAGCAAACCUGAAGGGAAAUGGCUAUGAAGCUGAACCACGCAGCUCUUUCGUGGAAGGUGCCAGAGACGUUGCAGUUUUGGAGGCAAUGCUUGAAUCCGGAUCCAAGGGUGGAACCUUGGUUAAUGUGAAGAAAUUUUAGGAUUGCGUAUGACCAUGACGAGUUUCCUCAGUAAGCAUUGGGUUGAGACAUUUUGGAAAAUAGAGAUGAUAAAAUUGAAGAAGUUAGAGAGGAAACUUGAAAGAAUAAAAUCUUAUGCAAAACCUACAAACACAUUCAUUGAAUAAAGGUAUUUACAAAUGUUUUAUCCA